AUGUCCUUCUUCACGUCUCGCUCCAGUACAGAGCAGCCCAGUCUGGGGCCAGCAAAGAGGCGCAAGCUGAUAUCGCGUCAAAGGCUGCGUAAGUAUUCAUGGUUACCCGACGUAUUCCGCAUCAAGAACAGCGUGAUACCACGCGUACUCUGGCCCGUUCUGACCGUCACCCUCAUUGCGGCCUGCGUGGCAUGGGGCGAAGCGAACGGGCGCUCAGUGCGUCUGACAAACUCCGUUACGCCACUUCUCGCGGUAGUUGUCGGCUUGAUCAUGGUCUUCAGAAACGGGACGUCUUAUGACCGCUUCUGGGAGGGCCGCAAAUCAUUUAGCUCGAUGGAAUCGGGCGUGCGCUCCCUAUCCCGCAUGAUCUGGAUCCAGGUUGCCCUGCCACCCGACGACGACGCGCGGCCACCGGGUGCUAUGAAGGGAAAGACGCCAACGACCAAUAUCACCGCAACGGCUUUGCACCGUAAGAAGGCCGAAGUACUCAAGCUGGCCGUUGCCUUCGUAGUCGCGGUAAAGCAUUACGUUCGCGACGAGGAUGGGCUGGAUUGGGACGACUUUGUCGGCCUGAUCCCUAAGUCUUUCUUAAGACAGAAUGCAAGUGGAGGCGUGUUGCAAUAUAAUCUCGUCGCGGAUGGACGAUAUGGUGCUACUUUCACCGAGAGCCCGGAUAAGACGCGACCCGGAACUCCCUCAGCUGGCAUCACUCGAGAUGCGAGCCUUGCGCGCAGCUCGGUGCUGGAUAAUAGCGUGUCCACUUUGCCUAUCGGGUCGGGCGUAGGAACGAAGCGCGUGCGCGUCAAGAGGAGUAUCGACAAGCUCAUCAACUCCCGGACUCCCUUGAUGCAGCCACCGGAACAUCAGUCUGUCAGCUUCGUGGAGGCGAGUAUGCCGCUGCCGCUCCUUAUCGCGCAUGAGAUCUCGCGUAGUCUCUUCCAGUUCCGUCGUGACGGCUUGCUUGAGACCGUUGGUCCGGCAGGUGCUAACGCCAUGAACCAAACUGUUCAAACUCUCGUCGAGCAACUCACAGCCCUUGAACGCAUCGCCAACACGCCCAUUCCCAAGUCUUACAGCAUCCACCUCAAACAAUGCGUAACCCUGUACCUCUUCGCACUUCCCUUCACGUUGAUUCGCGAACUCGGUUGGGCCACCAUCCCGGUAGUGACCGUCGUGGCGUUCACGUUCAUGGGUAUCGAAGGCAUUGCAGAAGAGAUAGAACAUCCAUUUGGAAGGGACGAGGGUGAUCUACCUCUCGAUAGGUAUUGCUCGGAUCUGAGGGAAGAGGUCGAGUUCAUGAUCGCGAGAAUGCCAGAGGGAGGCGUUGGAGCUUAUGGAUGGGACGAUGGCGAGGGUGAUGACUGA